AUGACGAUGGAGGUACGAGCACCAUCACAGUCAGUGGUUGUGUCUAUACCAAUAUUGCAUUAUGAUGAUACUGAAUCUGCAAAAGCAUCAAGACGGCAACUCAAGGAAGCUAUAUAUACAACACUAUUUAACAUGAAUGUUCCUGCUGUUUGUGCAAUUAAUCAGGCAACUUUAGCUUUGUAUGCUGCUAGAAGAACUUCAAGAAUUGUUGUAAAUAUUGGGUUUCAAGUCACAUCAGUUGUUCCAAUUUUACAUGGUAAAGUAAUGCGCAAAGUGGGUGUGGAGGUUGUGGGACUGGGAGCACUAAAAAUUACCGGGUUUCUUAAGGAUUUGAUGCAGCAGAACAAUAUUAGUUUUGAAUCGCUGUACACCGUUCGCACUUUGAAAGAGAAUCUCUGUUAUGUUGCCUAUGAUUAUGAGGCUGAGCUACUCAAAGAUACACGAGCAUCAUCUGACGCAGCAGGAGAAGGUCAGUUCACUCUUUCAAGAGAGCGAUUUCAAACAGGAGAAAUCUUAUUCCAGCCACGAAUGGCAGGAGUCAUUCAAUAUUAAAACCUUUCAUGCUACGUCGAGUUAAAACAGAUGUAGUUUCAGAGCUUACCAGGAAAACAGAGAUCACAGUGCACUGCAAAUUGAGUUCACGACAACAAGCUUUUUAUCGAGCUAUCAAGAACAAGAUAUCUCUUUCUGAGUUAUUUGACAACAAUCGUGGACAACUUAAUGACAAAAAACUCCUUAAUUUAAUGAAUAUUGUCAUUCAACUAAGGAAGGUCUGUAAUCAUCCAGAGUUAUUCGAAAGGAGUGAGGGAAGCACAUAUCUCUACUUUGGUGAGAUGUACACUACUCAGGAGGUCGCAAUCCUAUAAUAUUCAAGGAAAGCACUCUUGAUAGUCUAAUUACUGAGCUCCUUCUAUGGCUAUUGGAUGAGAGAGUUCCACAUAUGGAUGAUGGCAUCCAGCUUUUAAAAGCUCUGAAUGUUCUGAUGCUAAACAUUCUGGAUAAGUCUUGCCAUUUCAUUUCUUCCCUCUUCUUUUUUUCAUUUAUUCUUAUCUUGACUCAGAUGUCUUAUUUUAGUCUGAUUUGUUAUUCAACUUUACAAGAUAAUGCAGAUCGAACUUCAUCCUUUGUUGUUCUCAUCAAUCUCUUACGUCCAUUAGAUCCUUCAAGGUUGCCCUCACCUGCAUCAAAUGAGACAUUUGCUGUCAGAAAUCAGAAGUUCUCUGAUCUGGUUGUUAAAUGUUUGAUAAAACUUACAAAGGAAGGCAAUGUUGCCAACCAGAGGGAACAUCUAAUUCUUCUCCUUGCCAAUAUUCACAUUCAGAAAGCUAAUAAGCAGUCUGUCUUGAAGGAUCUUGCAGGCAAAGGACACCAAGUGAAUUAGAUAGAGAGGUUAAGAACUUGAGGGUGGCAUUUACUGACCUGUUUUUGAAGCAUAACACUUUCAAAGAAAUUGCAAAGCCAUCAAGAUAUUGAUGCAAAGAAUGGAAGAAUGUAUUUCACUAAUUUUUGUAUAUAUUUCUUGUUUUGUAUUUGGUGAUAAAGGAAUCUAAAUUGGGCUUAAAUUAUGUUGUAAUAUGAUUUCUUAAGACUAGACUAGUAGACUAAAUAUUGUAAUUACAUUUGAGUAAUUAAUAAAAAUCUAUUUAUGUUAUCUUA